GUUUAGCUGCCAAACAAGUCGACUGACGUGUGUGUGUCGCCUGCACCUGUGUGUAAGCACCUUGUGCAACCGUGACAAGAACCAGCCGAUCUGCAUUCAGGAGUGACAACAGCACCAUCAGCUCUGAGUCUGACAUGCAAAUGGAGUAAUAAACCCCACUCAUGGAAACCCAGAGAAAGAGCUCUGGGGAUGACGAUGGUGGAGAGCGAGGCUUGCUCCACACCUGGAAGGGCUACUCCUGCAGUGUCACCCCAGAGAGGCUGCUCCUACCCCGGCCGGUCCUUCAGGUCGCUCUGGGCACACGACAUGGAGUUCUGCUGGUGGAAGGAGGGCAGGUGUACAGUUUUGGGGAGCUGCCAUGGAAGCAGAGUCAAGUCCCUGAGCCGACGAAACCCACCCUGGAGAGCGCUCUGAGCGGGCAGCGUGUGGUCGCUGUUGCAGCUGGAAGUUUCCACAACGGGGCAGUGACGGAGGAUGGUGGCGUCCACAUGUGGGGGGACAAUGGUGCGGGACAGUGUGGCCUGUCGGGCCUCAGCACCGUCCCCAACCCGACUCCGGUGGCUGUGGUGGAGACUGACACCAGCCCCCCGCAGACAGUGCCGGUGCUGGAGCUGGUCUGCGGGGAGCAGCACACCCUGGCGCUGUCUGUCCAGCGGGAGGUGUGGGCGUGGGGUAGCGAUUGCCAGCUGGGCCUCAACGCCACCGUCUUUCCUGUCUGGAAACCACAAAAGGUUGAACACUUAGCAGGAAGGUAUGUACUUCAGGUGGCUUGCGGGGCUUCACACAGUCUGGCUCUAGUUCGCUGCCUGGGCCCCCAGGACGUCCACCGGCCCCCUGUGGACAAAUGCAGACAGUGUAACCAGCUGCUUUACACCAUGACAGACAAAGAGGACCACGUCAUCAUCUCUGACAGUCACUACUGCCCCCUUGGUGUGGAGCUGACUGAGGAUGAAGGGAGACUGGAGGCGCCUGCCCCCGCCCAAGGACUCAAAACAUCCCCAUCUGAGCCAGUCCUCCCCUCCCAUACUUCCACCUCAAACUCUGAUUCCUCAGCACCUCCUAAAAGUGCUGAGCACUCCUCUGACCCCACCCCCUUCCAGGACUUGGAGAAAGGCGAAUCAGCCGUGGCUAACGGAGUGCUGCAAGCCUCAGACUCUGACCACACGGCUCAGUACAGAGGCAGCAGCAGUGCCGUGUCUGUGGUCAAGAGUUCACUCUAUCCAGACGAACAGGCGGUCAAAGACUACCUGAAGAAGCUGACAGACAACACGCAGACAGACGCAAAGACGGCGGCUGGAGGAUUGCACACUCUGCUGCCCUCAGCCGGAGGCCUUGCCUCCACCUCGAGCUCCGCGCUCAACAACCUGGUGGCCUCCUGCGCCUCUGCGGUGGGCGAGCGGGUCGCCUCCACCUACGAGGCCUUGUCCCUCAAAAAGAUGAUGAACUUCUACCUGCCCUCGGGCGUGUCGAGGUCAGGUGGGCCAGCGGGGAUUACCGGUACCAUCCCUGUAGUGGGCGAUAACACAACCGAGCGCGUCCGCCAGGAGGAGUCCAUGCAGACCAAGAAGAGCUCCAGCACAGGAGACAUCCGCGAGGAGGAGGCCGAAGGUCUGCGGCGGCGCCUCUCGCUCCCAGGACUCCUCUCACAGGUUUCCCCGCGGCUGCUGAGGAAAGCCGGUCGUCACAGGAUGCGCGCAGUCGCCCUCACUCCCCUGGGAGGGGCGGUCCCCGAGGCCCAGGAGGUGCUGCCCACCCUGCAGACAGAGGUGUGGAGCUGGGGCCACGGCGACCACGGACAGCUGGGACAUGGAGACAACCUGGCCAGGCUACAGCCACUGUGCAUCAAGAGUCUGAAUAAUAAGGAGGUGGUGCGGGUGGCAGCCGGCGCUCAUCACUCCCUCGCUCUGACCGCUCAGUCUCAGGUGUUUUCAUGGGGCAGAAACAGCUCUGGUCAGCUCGGACACAUGGACUCACCCAGCACAGUCCCGCGCCUUGCAAAGCUAUCGGAGGGAAUCCGCGUGUGGGACGUGAGUGCUGGAGAGAGACACUCCCUCCUGCUCGCAGACGGAGACUGCAUCCAGCCCAUCAUCUAUUACAGCGGACAGCAGGUGAAAGAGGGGGAUGAGGAGAGUCAGGCCAAGGAGCCGGGUCAGCAGGAAGAGCAAGAGGAAGAGGAGGAGCCGGCAAGAGGCUACACGCCACAGCCUGUACUGCUACCCUUCUGCAUGAACCUGGGUUACGUCAGCAGUGUGUUUGCCGGCGGCCGGCGAUGUGUGGCGCUCUCGGAUAGGAACGUGAUGGGCUUCAUCGCCAGCCUCCACGAGCUGGCCGCAGCAGAGAGGAAGUUCUACUGCAAGCUGUGUAACGUCAAGACACAGAUAAUACGCCCCCUGCUGGAGCUCGAGUCUCUGAGCUCGGCCCUCGGACAGGUGACCCUCGGGCUCCUGCAGACACUUGCGGGUCGUUUCAGCCUCCUGUGUCACCUGACCGGGCAGCAUGCCACCAGCCUCACCGCCAACCUGCGCCGUGGCCGUGAUGUCAAAAGUCUUCUCAUCCUCGACCACACCAACAUCUUCCUCGAUUCUUAUAAUGAGUUCUGCAGCUGCCUGGGCAACUUCCAGGUAAUGGGCGGUUUCCAGGCCCUGACCAAGCCCUCGCUAGAUUUCUUUGGGAAGACUCCUGAGCUGCUGCAGAGGCUGUCGGAGUGCAGCGAGGAGAACCCCGCCAUGGCCGACCUCCUGGUGGCGCUCUUCUACCUCCCAACUCGCCACAUUCAUGAGUACGGCCGGCUGCUGCUCAAACUGGCCACAUGCUUCGAAGUGUGCUCCAGUGACUACCAGAAGCUGCAGGACAGCUGCUCCAGGUUCGAAGCUCUGGCCCUGCAGCUGAAGCGAAGACGAAAGGAGGCCGAGUACACGUUCCACUUCUGGAAGAGCUUCCCUGGCAAAAUGACGGACUCUCUGAGGAAGCCUCACCGCCGGCUGAUCUGCGAGAGCAGCAACAAGGCUCUGACCCUGCAGAACGCCGGCAGGUUCUCCGUCAACUGGUUCAUCCUUUUCAACGACGCUUUGGUCCACGCGCAGUUCUCCACCCAUCACGUCUUCCCUUUGGCCACGCUGUGGGUGGAGCCCAUCCCAGAGGAGAACACUGGCACAUACAGUUUAAAGGUGAUCACACCAGAGGAGACCUUCACCCUGCUGGCCUCCUCUCCCAUGGAGAAGGCCAAGUGGCUUCGCUCCAUCAACCAGGCAGUGGACCAGGCCCUGAGCGGGGCCGGGCAGGACACGACGUCAGCCGGCUCGGGGUCAGGGCAAAAGCUGGAGCCUCCUAUCUCCAGGUUGGCCUCCUAUACUUUUUAUAAGGACGGGCGUCUGAAAGAGGCGACGUACGAAGGUCGCUGGCUCGCUGGCAAACCCAACGGCAGGGGAGUGUUAAAAUGGCCUGAUGGGCGAAUAUACACAGGGGAGUUCAAGAACGGACUUGAAGAUGGCUUUGGUGAGUUUGUCGCUCCCAAUAAAACGCUCAACAAGAACGAUCACUAUCAAGGUCAAUGGAAAGAUGGAAAGAUGCAUGGCCUCGGGACAUACAGGUACGCCAGCGGUGAAGUUUACGACGGAUCCUUCCAGGACGGCAUGCGACACGGCCACGGCAUGCUGCGCAGCGGCAAGCUUAACACCUCCUCCCCCAGUGUCUUCAUCGGCCAGUGGCUGCAGGACAAGAAGACCGGCUAUGGAGUCUUUGAUGAUAUCACAAAAGGAGAAAAGUACAUGGGCAUGUGGCAGGACCACCUGCGGCAGGGCACCGCGGUCGUCGUCACCCAGUUCGGCCUGUACUACGAAGGAGCCUUCAAAGAUAAUAAGAUGAUGGGCGCGGGGAUCCUUCUGUCAGAGGAUGACACAACGUAUGAGGGGGAAUUCUCUGACGACUGGACCCUCAACGGGAAGGGUGUGCUGACCAUGGCAAACGGUGACUACCUGGAGGGCUCCUUUGGUGGCGAAUGGGGCUCCGGCCUCAAGGUGACGGGGUCCUACUUCAAACCACACCUGUUCGACACUGACAAGGACAAGACCCACGUUGUGAAGCUUGGGCGUCUGUGUGUGUGCGCGGAGGACAAGUGGCAGGCGGUGUUUGAGGAGUGUUGGAGUCAGCUGGGCUGCGAGGCGCCGGGCCAAGGAGAGCACUGGAAGGCCUGGGAGAACAUCGCCGUGGCUCUCACCACCAGCCGGCGACAGAUCCUGGACAGUCCGGAGAUGUUGUCUCGGAGUCACAGCAGAACCCUGGAGAGUCUGGAGGUCAUCCCACAACACGAAGGACCCAUCACCAUGGAGAGAUAUUCCACCAUCCGCCUCUACCUCAUCAAGGCAUGUGACACCCCACUGCACCCACUGGGCCGGCUGCUGGAGACACUGGUGGCGGUCUACAGGAUGACCUACGUGGGUGUUGGAGCCAACCGACGACUCCUACCUCAGGCCGUCAACGAGAUCAAGUCUUACCUCAACCGCAUCUUCCAGAUUGUCAGGUUUCUGUUCCCAGAUGUGCCAGAAGAGGGCGGUCUCAUUCCAGAGCCAACCACCAACCUCCAGGACAAGAAGGAGCCUGACUCCACUGAUGCCCAGAUGGAGUCACCCAAACCUGGCCGAGUGGUGAGCAGCUCGGCUCUGCUGCUUCCCGUCCUGCUGCCUCGUCUCUACCCGCCGCUCUUCACCCUCUACGCUCUGGACAAGGAGAGAGAGGACGACGUCUACUGGGAGUGUGUCCUCCGCCUCAACAAGCAGCCCGACCUCGCCCUCCUUGCCUUCCUGGGUGUCCAGCAAAAGUUUUGGCCAGUUUCCAUUCCUGUCUCCACGCUUGCAGUGGGGGAGAAGCAGCAGGUCCUCUCCAGCACCAAGGACGCCUGUUUUGCCUCUGCAGUGGAAACACUGCAGCAGAUCAGCACGACGUUCACCCCGUCUGACAAGCUGCAGGUGAUCCAGCUCACCUUCGAGGAGAUCACACAGGAGGUGCAGUCGCUGCUGAAACAGGACUUCCUGUGGUCCAUGGACGACCUCUUCCCUGUCUUCCUCUACGUCGUGCUACGAGCUCGUAUCAGGAACCUGGGGUCAGAGGUCAGCCUGAUUGAAGACCUGAUGGACCCCUGCGUCCAGCAUGGAGAGCAUGGCAUCAUGUUCACCACACUCAAGGCCUGUUACUACCAGAUCCAGCAUGAGAAGAUCACUUAGCGUGGCGUUACUUCCUCAGUGAUCUGCAUGCUGCCGCCCCACCCCCCUCCCCAUCCUCACGGCCAAUCACAGGACCAGCCAGGCUUCAGGAUGACGGAUGUGUGCAGCGGCCAAUGGGAGGCAGAGGCUCACAGGAACAGGUUUCUGACAGCUCCAUCUGCUGCUGUCAUGGAGACGGGAUCACUUCCCCCCUCUCUGACACACACAUACAAACACUCUUUACCAGCCUCUCACCUGUGGAUCAUGAAGGUGUACAUGUGAAUAUUGUUGGUAUUUUACUGCCAGAGAUAAACCACCUCAUCCCGUCCAUUAUAAAAUGUAAAAUAGGUCCACAGCAAAAAGACUGACCUCCUGUUGGAAAUCCUGAUAUGGGCUUUUUUCAGUGGUUACCUGGGAAGAAAGAAGAAGCUUAUAACAGUGUUUUUUUUAACUUAAUGCCAAUGGGACUUGCAGAAACAUGAAGUUUAUAUUCUGUAAUUCCACUGACCUGGCACCUAAAUGAAGAGACUGACGUAACAAAAACGGAUGCAAUCUCCUAAAAGCAUGUGGCUUGCAUGGGAUCUUGCAGUCCUGAAUGGCUGCCAUAGAAAAGCUCAGGGAAGCGGCUGCGUGCUGCUUUUUAGUUAACCACUUGUUGCAGUUUUCAGUUUUACAAGAGAAAAGAUGUAAAGCCUGAAGACUAACUGGUUAGUUUUGUAAACGUACAUCUAGUUAACAACUCCACCUUUGGUUAGAAAGCAACGAAGAGCUGCUUCCUUUUGCUUUUCUAUGGACACUAUCUGGACCUGUCUCCAGUGUGGUGGAUUAGUCCCAAACUAAUUCACAGCAAGGUUUGAUAUUAUAUUUAUAAAAAAACAAAUCAUGUACAGCAUGCAGGGGGUAAAUGUAAACUGACUUAAUGACACUAAUAUUCUCCUUUUGCACCAGCUGCCAGUUGAAUACAGUUCAAAGUAGUUGGCAGCCAAUCAGCUACUCCAACUUUUCAUUUCAAGACGUAGUGUUGCUGGGAGAAGAGUAAGACCCAGUGCUGACAGUUUUAUUAUUAGACUGAUCAUCACCCUGAUGUGUCUCUGAGGAUCCAGCUGCAGAAAUGUCAAAUGGCAGAACACAAGCUACAUGUAGAUUACUGACUUAAAAGCACAUGUUUUCCAAAUGGACUUUCAUGGUGAGAUGGACGUUUAGUUUCCUGACUUGAAAAAGAAAGUACAUUUCAAAUGUACAACAUUUAAAAGAGCAGAAUCUAGAUACAAUGAAUAGAAGUGUUUUUCCAGACAGUCUGAAUGACGUGUGUUUCUGAGCCCAGUUUUCAGUAUUAAUGAAUAUUGACAGAGUGCCUGCACUGCUCUGCAAAUUCCGAAAAAGUAUAGGGUUAAAACUGUGACGAAAAAAGUCAAAAACUGUAUCGAAACAUAUUGAUCUGUGAAUUUUUAAGAUAAACUGAAGUAUCCCUUUAAGUGUUGCCUCCUAAAGCUACAUAACGUGUUUAAAAACCCUUGUAUGAAAAAUGUAUCGUCAGAAACCCGAAAAACAGGAUUGUAGCUACUGAAAAGUAGGAAUUGGACAGUUUACAGGAAAGCUGACGACAUAUUUCUUUCCUCAUGUUGUAGAUUGUAGUGUUGUGGACAGCAAUCACCAGUGAAAAUGGAAGCAGUAAGGAGAUUUGAACUUGAAGCUCACCUUUUUCCCACUGACCUUCAAUACAAACUGGGUUUUGGGGUGAUUGAUGAAGCUUUGAGAGACGAUCAACAAGCUGAAAAUUUCCCUAAAACAUUCUGAAAACAAUCCUAAAACAAUGUUUAAAAUAGGAUUUAAAAAAGGAUUUAACAUAAAACUCUUUCCUGUCACUGCUUUCUUGCUGCAGGUGACGUUUUAGCAGAGGCCAGCCGUCGGCUCAAUGCACACACUGUUAUUAUAGAUAUGAUAAAGUAUCGGCUCAAAGCCGAUUCUCUGUUAAUACUGACUGUUCUUUUUUUAAAGCGUUCACAGCACUAACUAAGUCAGACAUUGUUGCUUGUUUGUGAUUUGCGUCACACAUGUCAGUUUAUAAAAGGGCUUAAGAGAGGAUUCAGAGGAUGACCGAGCCUUUUUUUUUUUUUUUUUUUUUGUUAUUUAAUGUCAUGGCUUUUGUUUUCUCAGACGGUUUAACAAUAGAAAAGCUGUUGGAUCAGAGGCCGCUUUGUGAAGGAGUACAUUUAGGUGAAGCUGAAGGAUCUCAGAAAAUCAAACAACAGAAAUUCUAAUCUAAUGUUUAAAGCUGCUGUCGUUAACUACAACUGUUAAACCUAAAGAAGUUUUAUGUGGACAAAUAUCAUUGGUAAAAAUCCAGAUGCCGUAGUGAAGCUUUUGCAGAUGAAUGGAAACAAAAAUGACUGAAACAGUGUUUUAAACUGUUAUAAAUUUCAACAGCUAUUAUCUCUACGUUUGCAGCAAACAUCUCAGAGUGUAACCGUUUUAAAUAAGGCCUCUCUCUCACUUCUGUGACUGUGAUAACGCUCUUCUUUCACAGACCAUGAGUUACUGUUACUGCUGAGACCGUACGUGCCUGACACUCAAAAAACUGAAGCAAUAUUGUCUUUGUUAUAGAGAAAUUCACCCCCUCGCCCCAAAAAAAAAAA